ACGUACGGUCGGCACCCACAGUCAGGAAUACCGAACCGUGGCGAAUCGUCCCGAAACGCGCGCGACACGGACGAUGUGCGAGGGAGAGCGGUCGCCGAUUUCAGCGCCUACCGCUCGCCGCGGAAGUUGACACGACGUCGUGAUAACAAAAAUCAUCUCCGCCCGUCCAUAACCAACGCUAUCCAUCGUCCAUUUUUGUUUUCCCGUUUUUCAAUUUUUAUUAUCACUUAAACUACGUUUCGUUUUAUUUUUUCUGUUAUGUUUUAAUUUCGUUCCCCGCAGACGACGGACGGCGGUUGUCCCUCAUCUUUUCCCGAAAUAAAAUCCACCGUAUUUUUUUUUUAUCCUUCUCGCCUUUUCGUCCGGUCGCGCGGCGAAACACCGCUGCCGACUACAGUGCGUACGAUCAGUGUUUCCGCCGUCGUCGGUCGUGAUUCGCGCGCCGUGAUACCACCGCCACCGCUGCCGCCGCUUACAGUCUCCCUCUAUCAUUCGUCCCCUCCACCAACCCGUUCGUUAUUCCUCUCUCUCUCUCACUCGUCAUUUUAUUUUCUUUUGUUUUCGUCUCCGCUCGUUGCCACUGCUGCCGGUCAAGAGGAGAGAAAAAAAAAAAAAAACUCGUCGUUAAACAUCAAAGUACCGUCUUUACUUUUGUACAUUUUCCACCUCUGCGCUCGUCAUCGAAUUAUUCGUGAUAUUCACGCGGCGGAACAACGCAAUGACGUCGAACGCCGCUACCGCUGGCGAUCAGCAAAAAAACGGCGACCCGAUGAAACAGACGAUGUUGAUCAUCGAACAUAAAAUCAGAAAUCUAGAAAAACGCAAGCUAAAAUUAGAAGGAUACCUUCAACUACAACGCGAAGGAACACUAUUAAGUGAUGAUAAAUUGGUAGCUGCAUCCAAAUUUAAUGAAGUACUUAGUACUUUAGAUUUUGCUAGAAAUUUGAAAAAACAAUUGAGUUCACUUUUAACAACUACAAAACAAAAAAAACACAAUACAGAUGGAGAAAAACUUCCCAUUAAAGUUGAUGUUAAAAUCAAAGAAGUUUUAAUUUUUCAGAAUAUAUUAGAAAAUAUCAAAGAAGAAACUGUGAAAAAAGAUUUAUUAACUGGUGAUAAUGGUGCUGUAAAAUUAACUGACGAUGAGAUCUCUAAACUUUGUCAUUUUUCUAAAAUGGUUUCACCCAAACGUUGUGUAGAAGAAGGAAAACCACUUUUUGAGGAUCAACUUAAGACUGUUUCUAAGCAUUAUGUAAAGCUAAUAGAAAGUAAACCUAAUAUUGUUGCGGGUACGAGUUAUGCUAAUUUAAAAGAAUGUUUGUUAAAAAUUGAAAGAAGUGGUUAUCUAGAUUGUAUAGUAAAAAAUGUUGAUAAAGAAGUAGAGGUACCUAAUGAAGUUAAUAACCUAGAAACCCAAGUAUCUCAAACUGUAAAUCAGCCAAUAGUUUCUAAUGAUGAUCACAUACCUGAUAAUGUACCAAAUUCCGGUGUUCCAAAUGUAGAAUACACAGCAAAUAAAAUUGAAACAAUUUAUUUUACAAAUAAUAAUAUUAGUGGAAAUACUGUUGAACAAAAAACAUACCAAAAUAGGAAUGAUACAGAAUCAGUAUUGAAUACUUCAUUUGAUUUUUUACAAGACUCCCUGCUCGAAGAAGAUCAUGUCAAUGUCAACUUGGAUUCCAUUCCUACUCAAACAUUUUCAUCUUCUCUGUAUACUAACAAUGGACCAACAGAUGAAGCAAUUUUAAAAAUACUUUCUACUCCUCCUCAGCACCAUGCUUUGAAUUCUGUUCCUUACAAAGAAUCAAAACUAAACCAUUUAGGAAAUGUUGUGAAUGUUUCAAACUCAAAUUCCUGGACAGGAAAAUCUGAAGUUAAUUGGCAAAAUAGAACAGAAACUGUGGAUAGUAAUAAUUUACCAAGAGAAAAUUGGUCAAUGGCUCAAAUGAUUAGUAAUACUACAAAUAAUGAUUGGCUUAUUAAAAAUAAUUGGGUUCAGAUGGCUGAAGAAGAUAAACAGCAAGAACCACCAAAUCAACCAUCACAAAAAAAUUCUUCCAAUUUCGGUUUAGUUACUAAUGGAUAUACAGAGAAUCUCAAUGAGUUAUUACAAAAAUCAGUAGUUUUCAGUAAACAAGAAUCAUACCCUGUUACCACUUCAUCGAAUAACUCAACAUUUUAUCAAAAUAGUUAUGGGCAACAAUCACCUAAUCAUAAUAUUGGACAUUAUACUAACUCCAACAAUAGUUUUGACCGAAACCAAUCUAAUGAUUUUAAUAAAAGAUCUGCUCCCUUAAAAAAUAAAGUUCCGUAUACAGGAGAAGGUGGACCAUCAAGAGGUUAUCAACAAGGCAACUCAUAUGUUUAUAGUAAUCGCUCAUAUAAAAAUAACAGUAAUCAAUAUAGUAACAAUGAUUAUUCCCGAAUCUCACGACAAACAUAACAAAAAUUGCUAUUAAUAUAAUAAAAAUUCAUUCAAUGAAUUGCCUAAUUGAAUAUUCUGCUAUGGAUUUCUCCUUUAAAAUCUAAAUUAGUUUGUAUAUAUCCACCUUCCCUCUCACCAAUAUCAACCUACUAGAUAAUACCAAAUAUUUUUUUUAAUAAAACAUCCUUUAUUUAUUCAUUUCUUAUUCAGUAUUUAUCUGAAUUAUUUAACAGCUAUAUACAUAUAUAAUAUAGAAUUUGAAUGUAAAGUUGUUGAGCUGUUACUUUAUUGCACAAAAAAUUAAGCUUAAAGUCUUAGCAUAAAUUAAUAAUUGCAUAAUUAACAUUAAAUUCAUGUAGAUUUAAUUGAUUAUAUUUUGUUUUUAUCAAACAUGUGUCAUUAUUCCUUGAUCAGUAUCUAAAAUAAAUUUUAAGGGGUAUUUUUGGCGUUUUUGUUCUUGGUGGCGGUCAAUUUCUAUUUAUAUAUAUAUAUAUAUUUACAAAUUUAUUAUAAUUACAUUUUUCCAUUAAGUUCAAAAU